UUUUGUUGCUACAAUGGAAGUUAAUCAUUUGAUCAUCUUAUUGUCCUUAUGUUUGUUUCAAAUUGGCUUCGAUCCAACACUUUCUCUUCCCCUAUGCACAGAUUCAAGUGAACCGUUUAAGCCCAAGACUCCUCUGGUUUUCUGUCCUUAUAAUGAAUCUUCAUGCUGCGACACAACUGAAGAUUUGAAAAUACAAAAACAGUUUGAAUCAAUGAAUGUAACUCAGCCAGGAUGUGCAUCUUAUCUCAAGUCGAUCCUUUGCUCGAAAUGUGAUCCGUUUUCAGCAGAGCUAUUCACGGUCAGCACAAACCGUCGGGAUAUUCCUGUACUUUGCAACUCAACGAAAACAUCAGGUUCAUCACAGAGUAACCAAGCCACAAACAACUUCUGCGAAAGUCUGUGGGAUUCAUGCCAAAAUGUGUCUAUAAAAAACUCACCUUUUACACCAUUGCUACAAGGUCAAGCAGCUCUACCAGCCAACGCCACUAGCAAACUAACCGAAAUUUGGCCAUCAAGAACUGAUUUCUGCAACAUAGCCGGUGGAUCUUCAACAAAAGGUUCAGUCUGCUUUAGUGGUGAGAAAGUUAGUUUCAACACUACUACAAACAGCACAAAAAUAUUCCCAAAAGGGAUGUGCUUAGAAAAAAUUGCCAAUGGUUCCUUCAUAAAUAUGGUGGCUCAUACAGAUGGUUCAAAUCGUGCCUUUUUUGCAAACCAGAAAGGUCAAAUCUGGUUAGCUACUAUUCCGGAAAUGGGUUCUGGAGGUGUACUAAAUAUUGAUGAGGCUAACCCGUUUUUAGAUUUAACUGAUGAGGUUCAUUUUGAUACUGGAUCUGGAUUGAUGUCCAUAGAAAUUCAUCCAAACUUCACUCAGAAUGGACGCCUUUUUGCUUCUUUUAACUGUGACAAAUCGGAGAGUCCCAACUGUGCUGGAAGAUGUGCUUGUAACUCUGAUAUAAACUGUGAUCCUUCAAAACUACAACAUGAUAAUGGAGUGCAGCCAUGCCAGAUUCAAACUGUCAUAGCCGAGUAUAACACGAUUCCAAGCGCUUCAAGCAGAGAAGCAAGAAGGAUCUUCACAAUGGGUCUUCCGUUCACAGGCCACCAUGGUGGACAUAUUCUUUUUGGACCCAAUGAUGGGUAUUUAUACUUCCUGAUGGGUGAUGGAGGAGGCUCGGGUGAUCCUCAGAACUUUGCACAAAACAAGAAGUCAUUAUUGGGCAAAGUUAUGAGGUUCGACAUUGAUAAUAUUCCAACUCGAGAAGACAUCACACGACUAUCGCUAUGGGGAAACUAUUCUAUCCCGAGAGACAAUCCAUAUACCCAAGAUGAUGACCUGCUACCAGAAAUAUGGGCAUUAGGAUUACGCAAUCCUUGGCGGAGUAGUUUUGAUUCAGAAAGGCCAUCUUACUUCAUUUCUGGUGAUAUAGGCCAGAAUGAAUAUGAGGAGGUGAACUUGAUUACAAAAGGUGGGAAUUAUGGUUGGCGGAUUUAUGAAGGAUCAGAUCUAUAUAUUCCUGAACAGACUCCUGGAGGGAAUACUUCGGCAAAGUCUGUUAAUCCUAUAUUUCCUGUGAUGGGUUACAACCAUUCUGAUGUAAAUAAGAAUGAAGGUUCUGCUUCUAUUACAGGAGGGUAUUUCUAUAGAUCACAAACUGAUCCAUGCAUGUAUGGCAGUUAUGUAUAUGGAGAUCUAUAUGCGACUGCAAUGUGGGCAGGCAUUGAAACUCCUAUGGAUAGUGGGAAUUUCACAUCUAGUAACAUCCCGUUUACGUGUUCCUCAGAUUCUCCCAAACCAUGUAGCAUGGUUCCAGGGAGCUCACUUCCAGCAUUGGGUUACAUAUUUUCAUUCGGGCAAGAUAACAACAAAGAUAUAUAUCUCCUAACUAGUAGUGGUGUGUACAGGAUUGUUGCUCCAAGUCGAUGCAACUACGUAUGUGCAACCGAAAGAACGACAACAGGCGGACCGAAUCAACGUCCAACAUCUUCUCCUUCUAUGGCAAACAUAUUGCAGGGUCCAUACAAGAAUCUAAUGUUUUGUGUUGUUUACACUUUUUGGUUUCUUUUUGUUGGUUUCAUUUGUUAGUACUAAUACAAUGUUUCUUACAUUAUCACGUUCUGUUUAUGAAAAAUUGAAAACCCAAGUGCA